GCGCACUGCACCCCUUGACGUCACGAGCCGAUGCGCCGAUUGGCUGGCUUCGUUCCGGGAGCUCCCAGAUCGUUCUCCGAAGAGAGGAAGGGAGUAUAAAAGUCGGGCGCUGCCGCAAUUACGCAAUCAUUCUCUCUGAGCGCGUAGUACAAACUUCACUGAAGCAAAGAGACAUUUCCACAUAAUGCCCACACGGAAGUCGGGAGCGCCAGCCAUUGGCAUCGACUUGGGGACGACGUACUCCUGCGUCGGCGUCUUUCAAAACGGCCGGGUGGAAAUAAUCGCCAACGAUCAAGGCAACCGCACAACACCGAGCUAUGUUGCUUUCACCGACACAGAACGUCUCAUCGGCGACGCGGCCAAAUCUCAAGUCGCACUGAACCCGGAGAACACCGUCUUCGACGCCAAGAGGCUCAUCGGUCGCAGGUUCGAUGACCCCAAGAUCCAAGGCGACCUCAAACACUGGCCCUUCAAAGUGAUAUCGGAUGCAGGGAAGCCCAAGGUCAGCGUAGAGUUCAAAGGAGAACCGAAGAGAUUCAACCCCGAAGAAAUCAGCGCAAUGGUCUUGACCAAAAUGAAGGAGACGGCGGAAGCGUACUUGGGGAAACAAGUGACGGACGCUGUCAUUACUGUUCCAGCCUACUUCAAUGAUUCUCAGCGUCAAGCGACUAAAGACGCCGGCGCCAUUGCGGGCUUGAACGUCCUCCGGAUUAUCAAUGAACCAACAGCAGCCGCUCUAGCGUACGGACUCGAUAAGAAUCUCAAGGGCGAGAAGAACGUGCUUAUCUUUGACUUGGGUGGAGGAACCUUUGACGUCUCAGUCCUUACUAUUGAUGAAGGGUCUAUGUUCGAAGUUCGCUCCACCGCUGGAGACACGCACCUCGGAGGAGAGGACUUUGACAACAGGAUGGUGACCCACUUUGUCGAGGAGUUCCAGAGGAAACACAAGAAAGACCUGCGGAAGAGCGCCCGAGCACUGAGGCGCCUUCGGACAGCAUGCGAACGGGCCAAGAGGACGCUGUCGAGCAGCACUGAAGCCACCCUGGAAAUCGAUGCGUUGUUUGAAGGUAUCGAUUUCUACAGCAAGAUCACCCGAGCUCGCUUCGAAGAGCUUUGUAUGGACCUCUUCCGCAGUACCCUGGAACCAGUCGAACGCGCCCUGAACGACGCCAAGAUGGGAAAGUCGCAAAUUGACGAUGUAGUCUUGGUAGGUGGCUCUACUCGUAUUCCCAAGAUCCAGAAGCUUCUACGCGACUUUUUCAACGGCAAAGAUCUGUCAAUGUCCAUCAACCCCGACGAGGCUGUCGCAUAUGGAGCCGCAGUCCAGGCUGCGGUCCUCACAGGAGACAACAGCGAAAGCAUCCGGGAUGUCCUUCUGGUCGACGUCGCACCUCUUUCGCUGGGCAUCGAGACUGCUGGUGGCGUAAUGACCAAGAUCGUGGAACGCAACAGCCGCAUCCCGUGCAAGACUUCGCAGACCUUCUCGACCUACUCGGACAACCAACCCGCGGUCACAAUUCAAGUCUACGAAGGCGAAAGAGCAUUAACUAAGGACAAUCACCUACUGGGCACAUUUGACUUGAGCGGAAUCCCCCCAGCACCCAGAGGAGUGCCGCAAAUCGAAGUGACCUUCGACCUGGACGCCAACGGAAUCCUGCAUGUCUCUGCACAGGACAAGAGCACGGGAAAGCAGGAAUCUAUCCGUAUUACCAACGACAAGGGAAGACUCAGCAAGGAAGAAAUUGAUCGUAUGUUAAGCGACGCUGAGAAGUACCGCCAGGAGGAUGAGAAGCAAAGAGAACGUGUGGCUGCCAGAAACGGACUCGAAGCCUACGUGUACAGUGUGAAGCAGGCGGCGGAGGAAGCCAGUUCCAAGAUGGACCCUUCAGACCGUGACCGCGUACUGAACCUGUGUAAAGAUACCAUCAGCUGGAUCGACGCGAACACCCUGGCUGACAAGGAAGAGUACGACCACAAGCUGAAGGAACUGCAGCAAGUGUGUAGCCCAAUCAUGGCUAAGCUGCACCAAGGAGCAGGAAACAUGCCUAAAGGGGGAGCCUUCCAGGGUCAGAGUUCGGGACCAACAGUUGAGGAAGUUGAUUGAAUAGUUAAUCUGUAAUGCUGGGCAUCUUAAGUCAUUUGUGUACAUAUUUGCAAUGUAAAUAGUGUGCAUAGUUGAAAAGGAGAAAUAAACGCAACGGGAGUUUUC